AGAGAAGUCGGUCGCAUCUUCUUUCUCGUGCGUAAAAGCUAUCCAGUGCGCGCAGUCCUACCCCAUUACAGAGAAAACAACUUGUCUUCUUCACCAGCGGGUCAUCAGAAAUUACCCGUAUCCCUUUUUUGAUUUACCGUCGAGGAUAAGUUAAUUUAUUGCUCAAAAAUGUCAGUGAAGGUGGCGGUAGACUCGGGGGGCGUCUAGCUGAUGCAGUUUAUACGCGCGUAAGUGGACUCCGAGGACAUCUCGUUUCACUUCUCCGAUGAUGGACGGCGAACAAGCGUCGGGGACCGAUUCAAUACCCGAUUGUGCAGCUUUUGCCAACACAUGAGUGACAAAUCCUAACUUGUCUGAGCUGACGGAUUCUCGGAGGUUGGCGCGCGGCAGGAGAAGUGCCAUGGGGAGCAAAACUGUGUCGAGAAGGCAUCACUCCAAACCCGUGUGCCACAAGGUGUACCUGUGUAGUAUCUUGCUGCUGCUCAUUUUUACGCCUAGAGUGGAUUCGUCCUGGUGGUACAUUGGUGCGCUGGGGGCUCGGGUCAUCUGCUCCCACAUCCCCGGUCUGGUUAACAAACAGCGACAGCUCUGCCAGAGACACCCAGACCUGAUGCAGUCCAUUGGGGAGGGUGCUAAAGAGUGGAUCAAAGAGUGCCAACACCAAUUCAGACACCACCGUUGGAACUGCAGCACUCUAGACCGAGACCACAGCCUCUUCGGACGGGUCAUGCAUCGAAGCAGCAGAGAGGCGGCGUUCGUGUAUGCCAUCUCAUCAGCCGGGGUGGUGUACGCCAUCACCAGAGCGUGCGGUCAGGGCGAGCUGAAGAUAUGUGGCUGUGACGAGAGGAGGGGCCAGGGCACAGACCACAGAGGCACCUUCGACUGGGGAGGCUGCAGCGACAACAUCCAGUACGGCAUACGCUUCGCCAAGGCCUUCAUCGACGCGCAGGAGAGGAGUGUGAGGGAUGCACGAGCGCUCAUGAACCUGCACAACAACCGCUGUGGACGCAUGGCAGUGAAGCGCUUCAUGAAGCCAGAGUGCAAGUGUCACGGGGUGAGCGGCUCCUGCUCUCUCCGGACCUGCUGGAUGGCCAUGGCCGACUUCAGGCAGACGGGGGACUACCUGUUUAAGAAGUACAACUCUGCUGUGGAGGUCAUCAUGAACCAGGACGGGACAGGCUUCAGAGUGGCAGACCAAGACUACAGGGGGAACACCAAGAACGAGCUGGUCUAUGUGGAGAACUCCCCCGACUACUGCCUCAUGGACCGGGCAGCAGGCUCCCUGGGCACCGCUGGCAGAGUGUGUAACAAGUCUUCACGGGGGACGGAUGGCUGUGAGGUCAUGUGCUGUGGGCGGGGCUACGACACCAUGCCCGUCAAACGCGUGACAAAAUGCGAGUGCAAGUUCAAAUGGUGCUGCGCGGUGGAGUGUAAGGACUGCGAGGACGAGGUGGACAUUCACACGUGUAAACCACACAAGAGGCCCUACUGAAGGAACCUGGGACAGACUGAUGCACUCUGGGAAAUGUAGUUCCUCUUUCAGAACUAUGGGCUUUGGACAGUUGUUGAAGCCUGUCGAAUGGACCCCACUGAGAAGCCUCAUCACGGACAUCUAAAGGACGUUAAACUGGAGACUGGCCCUAGUUUCUGAUCCAUGCUGCUUUAUUGAGAGUUUAAAUAUGGGAUGUGUAAAUGUUUGUUGUAAGACUUCGGUUGCUUGUUCAGAAAAUUGUAAGCACAUAGCGUAUUGAUUGACACAUCAUUAUACAUUACUAUAGCCUACACAUUGUAGUGGGUAAACAAGAAAAUAUGUAAAAAUAAAAAUAAUAUAAUACCCAGGCAAUAUUUGUCACUGUAAAUUUUAUGUAAAAUAAAACACAUUUUGUCGUAUUGUCACGGAAA